AUGAACGUCAAUCGGUGCGCCACCUUGCACAACCAGCUGUUCGAUAUCGGCCAAGCUGGCUUGGGGACGUCUGAGCCUGCAGUGCGCCAGAACUGGUUUGCCUUUCAUGGAGACAAGGCUGAGGCAGUCCGUCAUCGGCUCUCGCCGUCCCUCGUGGCCUUCCUCGAGCAGGCGUGGAAAUGUAGUGGGAAUGGUCACGCUUUCUUCUACUACGCUUAUGGCCUGGCCUAUCCCGAAUCUAUGUGGACCACCCACGAGAUAGAAGCCAAGGAUAGCGACAGUCCCUAUCGGUACCUGACCCUCUACACGGCCACGAAUUUAGCGUCCCACCCAGAAGGCGUAGUGUUCGACCAGGAGACGAACCCAGCCAUCAUGCGAAUGUCUAUCUACGACAUGAGCAUCACGCAGAACGGUCGCCAGAAAUGGUAUCCUCUGGAGGAUGUGCUGAAUGCCUGGCUGGAAAUGAUUGACAGUGGCAAGGUACAGGCUGUUCCCGAACAUGUGGAUGUGCCCAACAGCAAAUACGACCCGUGGAUCCUACAUCCAUACAGUGAGGGGCAGCUUAAGGAGACCGCCGAGGUUUUUAACAGCCUGGUCGAUGCCAUCGAAGCACGAUUGCCGCCGACCUUACAGCCACCAGUCUCGGCUGAUCGUGCGCCGCUCCUGUCUGAUGCAGCCAUGGACGCGGCCAAUCUAUCCCGCGGUUUUGCGCGUUCGUUUUUUAGCCACGCGCACCAGCCACGAUUCUGCUUUAUUGCCCCGGGUUUAGAGGUGCCUACCGCUGAAACGUUUCCGAACCAGCCGUUUCGGGCAUCUGAGGACGGCGACGAAGACGAUGAAGAAGGCCGAAUGACAAUACCACCUGUCCUGUUAUUCCAUUCUGCAAUUCCAUUUGUUGCUCCCGCUCCUACGAUAAAUCGCGGCACAAGAAUUGAGCCUCCCUUCAGCUGGCCCUACAGCGUCAUGCCAAGCUACCCUUCCGGACUGUAUUUAACCUACACGGAUCGAGAAGCUGGCGUAGAAUUUGAAGACGGUGCGAAACUGGUGCUUCCUUACAGCAUUGGUGCUCGUGGAUUUGCGCGGACAGCCGAUGGAGCCCGCUUCGGAGAGAAUAAAGAAGCUCGCGGCACCGUAGUUCAAGCCCAUGACACAUUUUCUGAUCUGUACCAGCCGGGCUACAUCCCAUUUGGUGAGCAGCACGACGUGCGGCUUGCCCAUGUUUUGCGGGAAUGGCUCAAACAAAUAGAGGACAGCCAGUGGUUUGUAGGACCGGAAGGAGUCAUCGGAGGGAUGGACAAAUGGCGGGAAGCAGACACUGAGAAUGGAUGGCAGGAUUAUGUAAUCCCAACACAGGCCAUAGAAUGGACACGGGAAAAGUAA